ACUACCAAUUAAUAAUAAUUAAUCGCGCGAUACCCGUUCGCUGCAGUGACUAAAUCAACCGAAACCCAAUGGGUCACCACUCUUGCUGCAACCAGCAGAAGGUGAAACGCGGCCUCUGGUCGCCGGAGGAGGACGAGAAGCUCAUCCGGUACAUCACCACCCACGGCUACGGCUGUUGGAGCGAAGUGCCCGAGAAAGCAGGCCUUCAGAGAUGCGGCAAGAGUUGUCGUCUGAGGUGGAUAAACUACUUGAGACCUGAUAUAAGGAGGGGGAGGUUUACGCCGGAAGAGGAGAAGCUGAUUAUCAGCCUACAUGGGGCUGUCGGGAACAGAUGGGCACACAUAGCCAGCCAUUUGCCGGGGAGAACGGACAAUGAGAUCAAGAACUACUGGAACUCAUGGAUCAAGAAGAAGAUCAGAAAGCCUACCUCAACUUCGACAAACAAAACACCUAAGUCCGACCAAACUUUCCAAUUCUCGUACACACAAAACCCGCAGCUAGACUGCUUGAAUAAUCAAGAACUAACCACAAAGUCACAGGUGCAAGAAACCCUAUUCCCUCUACCUAGCCCAUCAUUCAUUUUCGACAUUGGCUCGAGUUUUCAAGGAACGAGCGCCAGCGCCAGCGUGUCCCGGAUCGAUCAAAUCUUCCAAGAAAACAAUGCUGGCUUGAAUUCAGACACAUGGCAACUAAACCUGCAGCAACAUGGCCAGGUCCAAACACCAGAAUUGGUACAGUUUACGGGGCCAAUGAUGAAUUCGAUCAUGGAGAACAUAAUGGUGCCCAUCGAAGUUCAAAAUUAUGGGAUGAACGUAGGCAUCGGAGGAGGACAAAUUGGAUCACUUGAUUGCCUGCAGAGAAAUGAGAUAAAUGAAUGGAUUGAGACAUCAUCACAGCAGUGUCCGAGUAGCUAUUUCUUCUGGGAUCAAGCAGAGGGACAACUUGGUACUGCAGGAGAUGAAAUAAUCCCAACAUCAUCAAGUAUGGGGACUAUGCUCUCUUCUUUCCCCUCAUCUCUAUGACUGACAACUAUCUAUAGUAGAACUGAACAGUAUAACAGUUAAUCCCAGAUUUAAUCCUGCAUUGCAUGUGAGUGCUUUCUAAUUCUAUUUAUGUUUGUUUUAUUGGUUCUUGGAUUUCCUUUUUUUGGGUGGAUUUAACUUUUAUUUACAUUUAUAUAUAUACUUGGAGAUGGUGAAAUGAGAGGCAUUGGACAGAGAAAAUGUGAGUUGUUUUAAUUUUCUUGAACCAUGUUGUAAAGGAUUGGACAAGAAAUAAAGGAUGAUCGAUCAUGAAA